AUGGAGAAGGGCCCGCAGAACGACAUCGUCUUCARCGCGUCCAAGGGGGAGGCCUUCACCCCCGCCAGCGGCUACAAAGCCCUGCGCAAGCGGCUGCGCAGCGCAUGGAAGGUGCAGAGUUUAAAAGAUGAGAUCACGUCGGAGAAGCUGGUUGGAGUAAAAUUGUGGAUUACAGCAGGGCCGAGAGAGAAGUUCACGGCUGCUGAGUUUUCUGCUCUGAAGAAGUUCCUGGAGGAGGGUGGAGCUCUGCUGGUGAUGCUGACGGAAGGCGGAGAAUCCAGAUACGGCACAAAUAUUAACUACUUGUUAGAAGACUAUGGGGUAGUUGUCAAUAAUGAUGCUGUAGUAAGAAACGUAUAUUACAAAUACUUCCACCCAAAAGAAGCACUGAUUUCUGAUGGAGUUUUGAAUAGAGGGAUCAGCGAAGCUACAAGAAAAACGGGGUUUGAGAUAACAGAUGAAGAUGGAGGGGGACAUGCUGCACAAACUCUUACUUUUGUGUAUCCAUUUGGUGCCACACUGAAUGUAAUGAAACCGGCAGUGGCUGUUUUGUCCACAGGAUCUGUUUGCUUCCCACUCAACCGACCCAUUCUUGCCUUUUAUCAGCAUGAGGCUCGAGGUGGAAAGAUGGCAGUGUUGGGAUCUUGCCACAUGUUUUCAGAUCAGUAUUUAGAUAAAGAAGAAAAUAGUAAAAUCAUGGAUAUGAUUUUCCAGUGGCUCACAACUUCUGACAUCCAGUUAAACCAGGUCGAUAUGGAGGACCCCGGGAUUUCAGACUACACAAUGAUCCCAGAUACAGCAGCGUUGUCUGAGCGAUURCGAGUCUGUCUGCAAGAGGGAGAGGAAAUUCCAAGAGACUUCACAAAGUUGUUUGAUACAUCUCUUUAUCAACUAGAUACAACUGCCCUUCCUUCAGUUAUCAAAGCUUAUGAGCAGCUGAAUGUGAAGCACGAACCUCUCCGGCUUAUCCAGCCUCAGUUUGAGACUCCUCUACCUCCCCUUCAGCCAGCUGUUUUUCCACCUGCUUUCAGAGAAUUGCCUCCUCCGCCGCUGGAGCUGUUUGACUUGGAUGAAAUCUUUUCCUCUGAGAAAGCCCGUCUAGCAGAGAUUACAAACAAAUGUACUGAUGAUGACUUGGAGUUUUAUGUCCGAAAGUGUGGCGAAAUCCUAGGAGUAACAAGCAAACUGCCCAAGGACAAGCAAGAUGCCAAGCAUAUCCUGGAGCACAUCUUUUUCCAAGUGGUUGAGUUUAAGAAACUGAAUCAGGAACAUGAUACGGACACAAGUGAAACUGGAUUCCAGAAUGGUAACUGAGACCUCCCUUUCUGCAGUCUGAGAGGUGUUUUAGUAAGAAAAUACKUGUAAUUUUUUUAAUCUCCCUUAUAUUAUUUUUCAUUAUAUUAAUUGGGAUCAUUCUAGUAGUUCUUUGAAUGUAUGGAUUGUUUAUGUGYAGUACUACAGACAAUCCAAGCAUUUCAAAGAAGUGCCUUGUAUUUUGCAACCAUUUUCCAAGUAAUUCCCUAUUUUUCUACUCUUUUAUUGUAACUGUGAUUUUUUUUUUUUAACGUAUAAAACAAAGUCUUAUAAAAUAAGGAUUUGGAUCCUUUUGUAUGACUGUAGCAUUUAUGUUCUUGUAGUAAGGCUUGCAGUGGAUUCUUUCACUGUGCACAUAGUCCUUAGUGACCCUGGGAGAAAGAUGAGCAUUUUGGUGUGUGAACUGUGGAAGAAAACAUUACCUAAGUGAACGAAAAAGAGGUAGGAUUCAAUGAGUUAUUAUUUAAGAAGACAGGAUUCUGUGCAGCAACUUUGGGAAUAGCCCAGAUACAGAAUAUGUAUAARUAAAAUAACCUGUAAGUAAAAAACACUCCAUGCAUAGUGAAAGAAAGUGAAGAAGGAAACUUUAAGUGGAAUUCAUUGGCUGUGAAAUAAUUGAAGCUCAGUGCAAUAGCAAAAAUGGUGCCAACAGUAUUAGCAAUGAAAGGAAGCGAUUUGUCAAUAGUAUUAGCAGUGUAUCUGUUGCAAGGACAUUCUUUUUACAUAAACAUGAUGAAAUUGCACACAUUGGUAUGUCAGCAGGAGUGGUUGUGUGUCUGCUCCCUCUGUAGCCCUUUUCUUACCUUUUUUAAGGUAGGUGGUUGUGAUACAUGGCUUAUUUUACACAGAUACAGGCAUUUCAGUGAAGAAUUAACAAUUUCCCUGCCCUUUUCACUGCACGGGCUAGAGUGGAACUCUGCACCUUAAUUCUUGAUCAAAGCAGCAUCUUUGAGGUUUCUUACUUAUGUCUCUUAACUUUAAUGACCCAGUUGUAUGUUUUUACAGAGCAGGGCAUGGUAUGUUCCAGCUUGUGUAGAUCAGAGAUUUACACAAUAAGCUUAAUCUUCCGUCUGCAGUAUCAAUACCAACCAGUCAACUGGCACAGCCUGCAGCGAACCAAACAUCUGUGUGAUCCCCUUGCUCCUUACAGCUCUGGUUUGUACUGGUCUCUGCUGUUUAUACUUCAAACUGUAAAUAAGUUCUCUUCCUAGGCCAUUUUUUGUGAGUUGUCACCUGUUCCUGAUGUUGUAAUGUGUUUUAGGAAGAGUCAUCUGAGCAGCCUGAGAACACAAGCAGCUCUGUGUUUAGUAUUUGGCAUCUAUAGCACCAGUCUAACAGCUGAAAUAGAUGUUAUUUUGUCCAGAACCUCUAACAUAAAACUGACAUGGAAGCAAAAGUUUUCUCC